AUGUCGGCCUCAACUCUCGCCGAACAGGUCCACUCAGCCUCUCGUACCGUCCCCUCUGGCACGCUGGACCUCGAGGUUCGACACCAUCUGGACCGGUCUUUCCACGACCUGGACUUUGUGCUCGGCCAUGCGGGUCCGAGUAACCAUGCCUCCAGUGCAGGAGGGAGGUAUGGGAAGCGGAAGAGGACCGUCAAGGAGGAGGUUGAUCACUGGGAGCGGGACGAGGCUGCCGCGGCGAGAGAUCUAGAGUCGACGAGCGCAAGCCUUCCACAGCUCUUGGAAGAAACACAUACAAAGCUCCAGACGUUCCUCUCGUCCGCUUCGGAAUUGUCGGUCGAGCGGUAUACGGUGGUCGACAAGUUAUCUUACUUGAUUACCGAGUUGAACGCUUCGGAGGAUGAGGCGGAUGGGCAGACGUUGUUGGUGCAGAUGGAAGAGAUGCAAGCUGAGCUGGCGAGGUUGGAAGCUGGGCUGGCUUGGGCUAGUAUCAUGGAGCAGGUCUUGCGUCUGAGCGAGCAGAUCCUCUCGCCAGCCUCGCACCACCCUUCCCCGCUCGCUGCCUUGCCGCGGUACCGAGAGCUCCACUCCUUGAUCGAGUCGUUGACUCAGCGCCUGCCAUCCAGCAUGGCUGUGCUGGGCGUUAUUACCGGCGUGAGAGAAUCGACGUGGAACGGCCUGAGAGAGGUGUUGUCCAAAAACCUCUUGGACGCCUGUGAGGCUAUCAAGUGGCCGUCAAAGGUCCAAUACACUUCUCUAUCUAUGGACGAGCGCCGGCGGUUUGAGCGGGCGUAUAGCGACCUGCUAUACUUGCAAGUAGAGGGCGAGAACUUACAUGGUCCAUCUACCCUUGCCUGGUCUUCAGGAGAAGCCCUCUACUCGCUGCAAGCGAUGAUCAAGCCUAUCGCGCUCCGCUUCAAAUAUCACUUUCAAGGCUCAAAGACUACAAAUCGGAUCGACAAGCCUGAAUGGGCAUUUGCAAACAUCCUCGACCAGAUAUACGAGCAUACCCCUUUCCUCCUCUCUAUCCUGCAGCCCCUUACCGCCCGAUCUGGGUAUUCGGAGGUGGACGUCCGAUCCGAAUUCAUCCUUGCUCUCUUUCCUACCAUCCUCGAUCUGCUUCGGCAGAGGAUACCGCUCUUACUCGACAGGCCGGCUCUGCUAGCGCAUACGGUGUACCAGACGGUGUUGUUCGAUGACGCUGUUCGGGAGGGCGGAUUUGUGCUGUCAGGCACGUCGGCUGGCGGCGCAGAGGAGAGAUGGGAAGGACUGACUGGAGUGAUUCUGAGGGAGGAGGGGUGGUUUGAGAAAUGGCUCGUGGGAGAGAAGAAGUUCGUCGAUUCUCAGCUUCACAGCAUCAUUUCAUCACCUGAAGCGUGGAACAUCAGCGAUGAGGCGAUGGAGGAGGACGAGACUGCCUCGGGGCGGAAGCCUUCCACGAGCUCUCGGCAGAUCAAAGCUCUCAUCGAACAAGUCACCGACCGCUACUCGCCCCUUCCCGCCCUGGUACACCGCUACCCGUUCCUCCUGCAAAUCCAGCUUCCCACGCUCCUCACGUAUCAUCAGCGUAUCAACGGCUCGCUUGACGCGUUCGAAAGCCUCUCGUCGGCUUUUGCCCGCCAUAUUCCCGGCGCCCUGUCUGGUGGGACGCGGUCUGGGGUGCACUUUGACCAGGCGCAAUUGACGAGUGGUGAGGCUGGGCUCGGGAGGCUCAUCAAGGCGAAUUUGUCGGCCGAGUGGGUCGUGCAGGCCAUGAAAGGUUGGGCGGACGAGACGUUCUUUGUCGAGCUUUCGGCGGAGUUGAGGAUGUCGGAAGAGACACAAUGGAAGAUACAGGAUCCGCUUCUUCCGUCUGAAAUCAAGGAGUGCGGCAAGGACGAAGUGGACGUAUCGGUCUUUGACGUCCUGAUUGAAAAGUACGAGGCGGUGUGUGAGCGGUCGGAAGAUAUGAUUGUCAGGCUGGUGACUAGUGAGGUGGAGCAAGAGCUCAAGGAGCAUCUGAAGCGACGAUGGGACCAGACACCCGGCGAUGCCUCCCCGCCGUCCCCGCACCUCCUCUCGGCGCUGACCACCUACACGCUGCACCUCCGCGCGCUCGCCGCGGAUCUUCCACCUGUCCCCCUGUCACGCCUUUACCGCCGUAUAGUCUCCCACCUCGCCAACCACAUCACCCAGCGCGCCAUCUACUCUGGCUGGUCCAAAUUCAGUCUGACUGGCGCAUCGGAGCUCCGGAGCGAGAUGACAGACUUUGUAUCCGCCUCGGCGGAGGUGUUGCGGGAUGCGGGCGGACUAGUAGCGAGAGGGAGUGAGGUGCCGUGGAAGGCUAUCCUGGAUAGGAUCACGGUAUUGGCGCUUCCGACGGCAGAGGGGAAAGGGGAGGACAAGACGCCGACGUUUAGUCAGGGUAUGGCGGCGGGUUGGUCGGAUGGGGAGGAGAGUCUGAGGCUGUUUUGCGAGAGGGCAGGUGUGAAGGGGAUGGAUAGACAAGAGCUGCAGGCUGUUUUGAGGAGACGGAACGAGUGCUGGAGAUAG